GACUAUCUCUGUCAGACACCGCCCAGUAAGUGCCUCAAACAGACGCAGACAACAGGCAGAGACGCAAACAACAGCUCCUCUUUCAUUGAGGCUAAAUGGAGACUGAGCCAGGUAUUGUGUCUCCCUUCAAGCGUGUGUUUCUGAAGGGAGAGAAGGGUAGAGAUAAAAAGGCUCAGGAGAAGACUACAGAACGCCGUGCCCUCCACACCUUCUCCCUCUCCCUCCCCGACCACCGCAUCGACCCUGACAUCCUGCUCAAUGACUACGUAGAGAAGGAAGUCAAGUACUUGGGCCAGCUGACGUCAGUACCAGGAUACCUGAACCCCUCCAGUCGAACAGAGGUGCUUCAGCUCAUUGACAAUGCCAGGAAGUCCCACCAGUUGGCGGGUCAGCUUACUUCGGAGCAGGAUGCAGUGGUCAGUCUGUCGGCCUAUAAUGUGAAGCUGGUGUGGCGGGAUGGAGAGGACAUCAUACUGCGUGUUCCCAUCCACGACAUCGCUGCCGUGGCAUACAUACGAGACGAUUCACUGCACCUGGUGGUGCUCAAGACAGCCCAGGAGGCAGGUGUGUCCCCGUGCCCCAGUACCUGUCCUGACCUGUCUAAGUCCCAGACCCUCAGCUCUCUGUCUGAGAGCGGGGCUGUACUGGUAGAGGUCUGCUGUCUGCUAGUACUGGCUGUAGACAACAAGACAGCAGCAGAGGAGCUGUGUCUCCUACUCAGCCAGGUGUUUCAGAUAGUUUAUACUGAGUCCACUAUAGACUUCCUGGACAGAGCCAUCUUUGACGGAGCCACCACCCCCACCAGACACCUCUCUCUCUACAGUGACGACUCUUCAAGCAAGGUGGACCUUAAGGAAUCAUUCGAAGCAGAGGCCAGCACCUUUUCUUUCCAGGGUUCUCUAGAGGCAGGGGGCGACUCUCCGUCCCCCACCUCCACCCCAGCCUCCCCUCAGACUAAGACAGCCAGCGAAGGAGAGCUGAGCACCACCGCCACAGAGCUGCUACAAGACUACAUGACCACGUUGCGUACCAAGUUGUCGUCUCAGGAGAUCCAGCAGUUUGCUACUCUUCUUCAUGAGUACCGUAACGGAGCGUCCGUCCAUGAGUUCUGUAUCAACCUUCGCCAGCUCUACGGGGACAGCAGGAAGUUCCUCCUACUGGGUCUGAGGCCGUUCAUCCCAGAGAAGGACAGCCAACACUUUGAGAACUUCCUGGAGACCAUCGGUGUUAAGGACGGUCGUGGCAUCAUCACUGACAGCUUCGGACGCUACCGCCGCACCGCCAGCUCCGCCUCCGACUCAACCACCAAUGGGAACGGGGCGGUGGGAGGGGACGGGGGUGGGUCUGACGAAGGGCUUGUGCCCUCCGAAGGAGACGAAUGGGACCGCAUGAUCUCUGAUAUCAGUAAUGAUAUAGAGGCUCUGGGUUGCAGUAUGGACCAAGAAGGGGUCACACCCUAGCCUCUAACCCCUUGCCUCGAGUCUGGGUUGCAGUAUGGACCAAGAAGGGGUCACACUCUAGCCUCUAACCCCUUGCCUCGAGUCUGGGUUGCAGUAUGGACCAAGAGGGGAUGACACCCUACCCCCCUAGACCCUACUCCCUACCAUCAAAACUGUGCUGCAGUAUGUACCAAGAGGGGUCACACCCUAGACCCUUCUCCCUAUGCCCUAACUCAUACCCCCUAGUCCCUACUCAUCCUAAACCAAGAGAGAGGAUGAUCCAGCCAGCCCAGAUCCAACCCCCUGAUGAUGACAUGCUGUGCAUUGUGGCCAAUCAGCUUUCAGUGUGUGCCAGCGUGGGUCCAAUCAGUUUUCAGUAUGAGCCUGUGGACCAAUCCGCUCGGCCUUUUAAAGAAAAGUUUGUUGAUCCAUUCGUAGUGGUUUUUACUGACGGACUGAAUGGAGUUUUGAUCGUUAUUGGCAGCAUCUGCCAUCAGUGGCCAGGAUGCAGCUGAGUCGCCCUCCUGAGGGCAGCCAUCAUGAAUACCCACAAUGCUCUGUCUGGUGUCUCGCUUCAUAAUGGGUGCGUUUGACAUUGCAGCCGACUUUAAAAGGCGAGUCGAGACCGACUGAUCUACAAAUCACCUUAGAUCAUUAAAAACGACCUACUCGAUUAUUAUAUGUAGAUCAGUCAGUCAGCCCCUUCAUACAGCUUCUGCUGCUCUGGAGCACAGCCAAUCAGAGUCUGUGGGUGCGCUGUACAGGAAGUAAGGGUACCAUUUGACACGCAGACCAGAAGAUGUGCCUGGACACAGAAUAGUGAAUAUUUUAUAAUGACUUAGGUUCAUGUAUGUAGUAGUUAGCCUGUAUUUCUGUUCUUUAAGGUCAAUCAUUAACCUCCUAUACAGUCUCGGCCCUGUCUAAGACUGGGGGCGAGGUGGGGUUCUACUCUGCUAACAUAUGGAAUUGUUUUAAGGUCAUACCAAGGACAUUUUGCUCUUUGAUUUUGAAUUUUAAGAUCCCUUGAAAUAUAAAGAAAAUAUAUAAAACUGAUUUGAUGAAACAGUGAAUUUGGCCUUACUGCUGUUAGCCCAUACAAACACAUUGAAUAACAGAUUCACUACAUGGAACGACAGAUAGUUAAAAAAAAAUAAUAAUUAUACAUCUAAAGGAAGUUUGUUCUGAGAUGUGUGUUCAAUAUCUGCGAGAUUUAAGAAAGAUCGGGAAAUCUUUUCAAUUAUAUUACAUGUAUUUGACCCCUUAUUUCUGGCACUAAACUAUCUCCAUAUAUACUUCCAUUCGUUUGUUUUCUUCAACUGGUACCAGAGGACCUUCAAACGAGUCUUGUGAGGCAAAACAACCAACAUGUACAUGUUCAGACGAGGCUUGUAGGGGGGGGGGGUCGUCGUAGAGCAAAACGGAUUUGGAAGUGGGCGGAUGUCACGGAUUAAGAUGUACGGAAACUGAAUAAACUUUAAGAAAAAAGUAUUUAGUCAGCCACUUUUUCCAGUUUAAACUGAAGGAUGUUGAUGAGGAUUUUAGUAUUGUGUUGUUUGUAUUGUGUUAAUAUGAUUUCGGCGGGCUGCGGAACUCCACUAUGGGAGGGGUUAACUUAAUCCACCAAGUAUUUUCUCUUUGCUCUGUAUAUUAUUUACUGCUUUCCUUUUUAUGAUGCGUUUCAAAUGCACCCUAUUCCCUAUUUAGUGCACUACUCAAAAGUGGGCACUCAUCAAAAGCAGCGCACUAAAUUGGGAAUAGCGUGCUCUUUGGUGUUUGGACUUUGUGUUUUAUUUACUUGUACUGUUUUGUUGUGGUUUUAUGUUUUACACUUAGCCUAGCAUUUAGCCUUAGCCUAGCAUUUAGCCUUAGCCUAGCAUUUAGCCUUAGCCUAGCAUUUAGCCUUAGCCUAGCGGGUUUUUUUUAUUAACGUUUACCUUUGUCUUAUCUCAGUCAGCGACAUCUGUUGAUAAAAUGUGACUGUAUUGUAAAACUGAAAACUCUCAUUCAGAAUAUCUGGAUGGAGAACAUAUCUGACAAAGCCAGUUCCUGGCGGAUUGACAAUUCGAUGCCCGAUCUCUUCUCAUAGCGCAGCCCGACCAAACCAACCUCACCUUCAGCCAUGCACAGUAGAUCACCUGCUGGGCGUUGACAAAGGUGACGAUUCAACAUGUAGAAUCGUCUGGAAAAUGAAAUGGCGACCGUCAAUCAUUGUGGUGCGUUUCCUCUGACCAUCCCCUAUCACCAGUCAUUGUGUCUUCAGAUCUAAGUGGCACUAAAGUAGUAUACUAUAUACCAACCCCUAUGGGUCCUGGUCUAUAGUAUACUA